AUGGCUUUGUAUUCCAAAUUUGUUCUCCUCUUCUUCUUCUGUUUCACUUCGUGUAUCGAUUCCAUUCUUGCGUCAGCUCCUAUCGGUGACUGGGCAGAUAUCGCGGCGAGCCUGCGCAGCACCUUGGACGCGAUCGAACUGUCUCACGCGCAGCAUGUCACCCACCGCUCAGGAGCGUCACGUUCGCGGAGAGAUGCGAUAUUUCGAGCAGGCCCCGCGGGUUACUGGAGGCCUUUGGCUCCGAGCCAGCGGCCAGAUCCAUCGGAGGAUUUCUCGGACCAGUUGAACGAGCUGGUUGGAGAGAUUGGGAGCGCGAUCGAACAGCUGAUCGAGUUGCUGGCGUCGCAGUUCAACAUUGGAACGCUGUCACCCACGCUUGCCACGCCGCCGCCAACACCGCCAACACCACCACAGACCACCAUAUUCCCCAUCACGAACAUCAACACUCCGCCUCCGCUGUCGACGACAAUUCUGACAAGCUAUGCAUCUUCCAGCACAAUCAAUCCCGCACCAUCCACCCCCUCGUCCUCGUCGCCCACCGCCACGUCCACAUUCAAUCCACAGGCCCCUGACCUCAACGUGGUGUACUACUCGCAAACGGACCUGACGCCUAUCAUAUCGCUGACCCAGGUGUGCAACGACCCUGCCGUCGACGUCGUCAUCCUCGCGUUCGUCACCACCCUGCUCUCCGACGGGGGAUACCCGUCCAUGAACAUGGCCUCGAACUGCUGGGCGCCCAACGCCGCUCAACAGGCCGCCGGAGCCACGAGGCUGCUGGACUGCGUUGGCGACGGCUUCGCGAGCAAGAUUGCCGCGUGCCAGCAGCAGGGCAAGAAGGUCCUGCUCAGUCUCGGUGGGUCGGUGGGGGACCUGACGAUGCCGAGCCAGGACAAAGCGGUCGAGGUCGCCCAUACACUCUGGAGUCUGUUCUUGGGCGGCUCCAACGCCAGCCUGACCGCUCUGAGACCUUAUGGCGAUGUAGUCCUCGAUGGGAUGGAUAUUGACAACGAGCUACCCUCUGCCGCGACGUAUAUCCCGGCAUUGGUGUCGACGCUGCGCCAACUCAUGGCCGCCGACACUUCCAAGGCCUACUACUUGUCCGCGGCACCGCAAUGCCCGCGUCCCGACGCCUCGAUCCCCGUCGCCAGUCUGCGCAACGACAUCGACUUUUUCAGCGUGCAAUUCUACAACAACCCGUCCUGCCAGCUGGAUGCGGGGCAGGGCUUCAUCGACUCCCUCCGCGCGUGGUCCGAGGACCUGCAGGGCGUCAGCGACGACACUCCGAGCACGCAGCGCAUGAACAAGCGAUCCUCACACGGCAGGAGUGGCGGCGGUGCCCUCCUACGCGCUCGACAGCAAAACCCCCCGACGACCGCGGUCGCGGACGACAAUCCAUUCCACAACAUCAACAACGGCAUCACCUCCCCGCGCCUGCUGCUCGGCACGCCCGCCUUCCCCGGCGCGGGCACCGGCUACAUCGACGUGGCGCGGUACAAGGCCAUCCUCGCGCAGGUCCGGGCCAUGGCGCUGCCGAACCUCGCGGGCGCGAUGUUCUGGGACGGCGCGUACCAGGAGGUCAGCGCGCAGGUGGUCACCGACGGCGGCGGUGGAAGCCAGAACGUGACCUUUGCGGAAGUGGUCAGGGAGGUUCUGGGGACGUGA